AUGGUGGCUAAAAAUAGAAAACCAAGCAUUGGUCGGCAAAAGAUCGAGAUCAAGCGCAUCACCGAUGAAGAAGCUCGCCAAGUUUGCUUCUCAAAGCGUCGAGCAGGACUCUUCAAAAAAGCCAAUGAGCUCUCUGUUCUCUGUGGUGCUGAUAUUGCCAUCAUAGUCUUCUCUCCCGCAGGCAAACCUUUCUCUUUUGGGCAUCCCUCUGUCGAUUUCAUCGUCAAUCGCUUUCUCUCUCGAAACAGCAGUAGUAGUGGUAGUAAUCAUCCCGAUCGGUUUACGGAGUCUCGAAGAAACGCUACUGUUGCUGAACUUAACAGGAAGUUUACAGAGUUGAGUAAGUUGCUUGAGGCUGAAAAAGAGAAGAAAGUGAUGCUUGAAGGGAAAUUGAGAGGGGAGUUGGAUUUGAAUAAUCUCGAAGAGUGUAGGUUGGACGAGCUUGAGAAGAUUGAGAUGGCGUUGGAGAAGUUGAAGAGGGAUGUUGAGAUGAGGAGGAAUCAACUUGAGAUUGAGGCUCUUGCUAAUUUUGUUGCUUAUGGUUCAAAUGGCUAUGGUGGUGGUUUUGGUAUGAAUGUUAAUAAUGAUGCGGGUUUGGUUUUAGCUUCUGGUGCUAAUGAAUUUGGUUAUGGACUUGGGUUUUAUGAUUUAAAGGGGUUUUAGGUCGGUUUGAUUCGGUUAAUAAAAU